AUGGCGUCUACGCGCGUGACGAUUGGUGCCGGCCGUCUCUCAGUGGUGGAUUUUUGGGCCAUAGGUGGCGCGCGUGCGCUCUUACCCGUAGCCGAUGCAGUGGCCGCCGUGACGUGCGAGACGCUGCGCGCCGAUAUGGCCGCCUUCGAGGCGGAGUUCGUGGACGCGGCCCGCCCGCACCGCGGCAUCGUGACUUCGGCGCAGAAUCUGCGCCUCAUGCUGGAGGGGUCGAAGUUCGUUAACAGCCAAAAGGAAGGCGCCACCGAUGCGGCCGCCGUGCGCUGCAUCCCGCAGUACCACGGUCCUGCCCGCGACGCCAUUCUGGGCGCCUACAAGGCCGUGGAGAUCGAGAUCAACGGAGCUGUGGGUGGCAACGCUGCGGCCAAACGUGCUGGUGCGGGCAUCCACCCGCAAGCGCUGAAGACGGCGCUGUCGGCCACGACACAGGCGCUUUACGUGCUGCUGCAGGGCAGUGUCGAACGUCUACAGGUGGUGGACACCACGGCUACAGACGCCCCCAAAACGACGAACGCUGUCGAGCUGGUGGAGGCCACGGCGGCCGCUCUAUCGCGUGAGCUCGUGCCCUCGUUUAUGUUCUUUGCGGAGGAAGAAGCCCAGUUGAAGGUUCGUCAGGCAGAAAAAAACGAGAAGGCGCAGGAGGCGGCUGCCAAGGCUGCGGCUGCUGCUGCCAAGGAGGACGAGAAGCUUGCUGCGAUGCCAGAGGAGCAGCGUAACAAGAUCCUUGAAAAGCGUCGCAAGAAGCUUGAGAAGCAGAAGGAGAAGGAAAACACCAAGAAGAGCGGCAAGGACGAGCUGAAGCUUGGUCUUGGUAGUCAAGCGUUGCGCCAGCAUCUCGUAAGUUUCGGUGAUUGGCAGGCUGGUGUUGAGAACUCGGCCUUUGACUUGCGUCCUUCGAGCCUCUCGCAGUUCCUGGAUGAACUAUUCGUGCGUCUGGGUAGCGGUGGUGCUCGCCGUAAACCCAAAAUCGCCAAGGGCUCGCAGGAUUUCCUACCGCACCAGAUGGCUCUACGUGAGAAGAUCUUUAACAAGAUCCGCAUGGUCUUUAAGCGCCACGCGGGUGUCGAGAUCGAGACGCCUGUUUUUGAGCUCAAGGAGACACUGACGGGCAAGUAUGGCGAGGACAGUAAACUCAUUUACGAUCUGGCAGACCAGGGUGGUGAGCUCUUGGCACUGCGUUACGACCUGACGGUGCCUUUCGCUCGCUUCAUGGCUCUGCACAGCCCUGGCAACAUUAAACGCUACCACAUCGCUCGUGUGUACCGCCGUGACAACCCGCAGAUGGCCCGCGGUCGUUUUCGCGAGUUCUACCAGUGCGACUUUGAUAUCGCUGGUACAUACGCGCCUAUGCUUCCCGAUGCUGAGGUGUUGUCCAUCGGUAUUGAAGUGUUACAGCAGUUCCCGGAGCUUGGACCCGUGAAGGUGAAAUUGAGUCAUCGUCUUCUACUGGACGCUAUCCUCGCUAUCUGCGGUGUACCUGUCGACAAGUUCCGUACGACAUGCAGUGCUAUUGACAAGCUGGACAAGGAACCAUGGAGUGACGUGCGCCGUGAGAUGGUGGACGAAAAGGACAUUCCCGAGGAGGUUGCUGACCGUAUUGAGCCUUUCGUGUGUAAAGUGGGAUCGCCACGCGAGCUCCAUGCACAGCUCGUGAAGGAGAACAUGUUCGGAGACAACGCCAAUGCUCGUCGGGCCAUGGAUGACUUAGCACUGCUGUUCAAUUACCUGGAGGCCAUGGGCGUGUUGGACUUUAUUUCGUUCGAUCUGAGUCUGGCUCGUGGUCUGGACUACUACACUGGUCUCAUCUACGAGUUCGUGUUGACGAGUCCUGAGCACCACGUCGGCUCUAUCGCUGCUGGUGGCCGCUACGACAACCUGGUGGGCAUGUUCUCCGCCACGGACCAGCAGAUCCCGUGCGUUGGUGUAAGUCUUGGUAUUGAGCGCAUCUUCGGUAUCCUCCAUGCUCAUGCCGAGAAGCAGUCCGCUAACGCUGCCCCUCCAUCGCAAGUUCUGGUCGCCUCAACGAGUAACGACCUGACAAUGCCUCGAUUGGAACUAUGCAAGCAGCUGUGGCUCGCCAACAUUUCGGCUGAGGUGAUGCAGACGGAGAACCCCAAGUUCAUCAAGCAGCUGCACUACGCUUUAGAACGUGGCACGCCCUACAUGGUGGUGAUCGGUGUGGACGAGCUGGCCAAGGGCGUCGUGAAGAUGAAGGACAUGGCAUCUAAGGACGAGGUGAAUGUGCCGCGCUCCGAAGUGGUGUCGGAGCUUCUGCGUCGCGGUUGUCCUACGACCAGUACCCUGAGCAUUUGAGACUGCAGGAUAGAGCGUCAUCAAGGUUUCGUUGGCUAUGUAGUCGUUAAACUGAAUUCGUUGCCAUUUACUUCAUUUAAGCACUCUC